GGGGGUCACUGGACUUGGGCCUGUCAGGGGAAGACAACUCGCGAGGCACGCAUUAUAAUGUAUAAAAUGUAACUCGCACGAGAGUUUGGGUCAGUGGACUUGGAGCUGUCAGGGGAAGACAACUUGUGGCUGAACAUCUCCCGUAACAAUGUUACGUGUGCUCCUUUACACGCUAGCGGCAACAACGGUUACCGUUCUUGGUAAAUAGCUACUUAAACCAUGCUUACAUAAUAUGUCAUACUUAUCAUGCUGUCAACCGUAAUACACAUAUCAUGUUAUUCACUUGGGUAGUACAGAUUGUGUACAGCGUACAUCAGCGUUUCCCAAACAUUUUAAGAUUAGCGGGCCAGUGGAGACGUUUUGCUCUUGCACCAGGGACCGGUGGAGACGUUUUGCUCUUGCACCAGGGACCGGUGGAGACGUUUUGAUCUUGCACCAGGGACCGGUGGAGACGUUUUGAUCUUGCUCCAGGGACCGGUGGAGACGUUUUGAUCUUGCACCAGGGACCGGUGGAGACGUUUUGAUCUUGCACCAGGGACCGGUGCCAGAUUUAUUAAUGCCAUUUUCUUUUUACUCGACCAUAAGUAUUCAUUUUUUGCGGACCGGCAACGUUAGGCCCAAGGACCACAAUUUGAGAAGCACUGGUGUACAAUAUAACAAUCAUAUUAGUGAGAUAUAUUAUAUAGCAAUCCAAAAACUGGUGUUUGAAAAUGGUGUUUUUGUUUUGGUUUUUUUUCUUCCUUCCUAGUGGUAAUUUGUCGUUAAUAAAAACAAAAUCUUAAACUGUAUUACCGUGGACAAUGAAAGACGCAUGAGGUCAGCGAGAAUCGCUCUACUUAAACAAUACAUUGGUGGUUUUGCUAACAAGCACGCCCUCGUGUCUUAUCAGUCGGGGUCAUACGCUGAGAUAAGAUAAGCUGGCAGUACAUUUAUUACAAUACCGGCUGUUCUUAGAGACGCCUUAGAUUCAUUAUCUGCCAAUAAUAAGAGGCGAUCCUAAUGAAAACAGGUACAGCAACUCCUCAAUCAAGCAUACAAGUACGUAUAGAUAUAUAUGUAUGCACACUUUUUUUAUUUCACGCCUAGCCUAUGAACAAUAUUAAUAUUCUGAUGUCCCGCCCACUUUUAAAACGAAUUGUUCAUUGCACAAUAUUUAGAGUGAGACGAUUUCAUUUUCCGAAAAGAAAAUAUAACGCAUCAAACACGUUGGGUUAUUAUUUAUUAUUAUUUUUUUUUAAAUUUACCUUGGGUUAACGGGAAUUAUAUUUUGCGCGCUGUCCGGAAAUGGAAGUAGCCACACCGCAAGCGAAAUAUAGAUUUAAGAGAUAUGACUACUUGAAACGUAUUUCCUAGCAGUUUAUUUAACCAAGCGAAUGGUUCGGGGAUUUUAUUGCAUUUCCUUUGACGUAUUAUAAUGGCAAAACAAAAUAUUAUUAAAUUAAUUUUUCUCAUUUGUUUUUAAUAACCCCCAUCCCUUUUUCAUUGGUCAACACCACCUCCCCCCCCCCCCCCCAAAAAAAAANAACGGGAAUUAUAUUUUGCGCGCUGUCCGGAAAUGGAAGUAGCCACACCGCAAGCGAAAUAUAGAUUUAAGAGAUAUGACUACUUGAAACGUAUUUCCUAGCAGUUUAUUUAACCAAGCGAAUGGUUCGGGGAUUUUAUUGCAUUUCCUUUGACGUAUUAUAAUGGCAAAACAAAAUAUUAUUAAAUUAAUUUUUCUCAUUUGUUUUUAAUAACCCCCAUCCCUUUUUCAUUGGUCAACACCACCUCCCCCCCCCCGAAAAAAAAAAUCUUCCUGAUUUGCGAGAAUCCCACGUAUAAUUCCUCUAUCACCUUAACAUCACUGAAUCACGAUCAGCCCAAGAGAAGCGAUUCUCAACCUGUGGGUCGCAACCCCCCUUCGAGGGUUGCACGACCCUUUUAACAAGGGUCGCGUAAGACCAGCUGAAAACACAUAUGCUCUACGGUUAUAACGUAUCAAAGGAAAUAAUUUUGUGGCCCGGGUGUCGCCACAACAUGAGGAACUGUAUUAAAGGGGUCGCGGCAUUAGAAAUGUUGAGAACCACUGGCCUAGAGUGCUCUCCCAUGAAAAUACCUAAUUCUUAGAGCUGUCAGACUCGUUUUACGAUACUAAAAAUCAAUAUUUCUCUGCAUGUCCAGGUCAGCACCAGUGUCCAGUGUGUACCAACGAGCUGGACUACAAAUCGUGCACCGGUGUCCGUGUCUGUGACACCGCACAAGAGGUACCUGACUUUUGACCUUUAUUUACACAGGGUCAACACGACUUGAAAUUCGAACAAACUACCGGAAACUGAACUAUUCAAAAAAAUAAAUAAAGUUAAAAAGAUAUGUAUAUUGUGCAAAAUAUAUAAUAUUUUUCUCCGUCAACAUUUCGUAACAUUAUCUACACAAGUCUUUUUACUAAAUGUGAUGUGUGUAUUGUUAAACCAGUACGACUCUCAGCAUAAUAAUAAAUACAACUUUUAUUAACGUUCCGAUGUUGUUUUUUAAGAGGAAUUAGAGAUUUCUUGUUUUCUAAUAGAAAUGAUGAGAUUUCUUGUUUUGUAAUAGGAAUUGGAGAUUUUUCGCUUCCCAAUACGAGUUAGAUAUUUCUUGCUUUUUAAUAGGAAUUAGAGAUUUCUUUUUUUUUUUUAUUCUUCUAACAGGUAACUUUAAAAAAAAAAAAAAAUUUACUUUAUAAUUUUUUAGUUUUUUAUAAAUGAUUAAUUUGAGUUUAAUUUUUUUUUUUUUAUAUAUUUCUUGCUUUUUAAUAGGAAUUAAAGAUUUCUUUUUUUUUUUUUAUUUUUCUAACAGGUAACUUUAAAAAAAAAAAAAAUUUACUCUAUAAUUUUUUAGGUUUUGAUAAAUGAGUAAUUUGAGAUUAAUUAUUUUUUUUUUAAAAAUGAAUUUGUGAGUUUAGAUAAACUUUUAAAAGUAAAGAUUACUUUAGAUGUAUGUCUAGGUAGAGAGGGUGUUUUGUUUGUUUAGAUGUUUUCGGUAAUUUAAGGUUUACCUAAACAUCUUCGAAAUUUAAUUUUAGGUCGAUAAGUAAAUAGUUUAAUGACCAGGGGCGUCAUUUCAGAUUAUUUUCAGGGUGGUGAAACAAAGAGGGGGGGGGGCAAACCAAAACUUGGUCGGCUUGUUAAGUUGUUUCUUGGUGGAGGCGUCACAGUACAUAGCCAUUUAAAUAAAACCUGCAAAUUAAUUAAUUUAUUUAUUUAGGCAUUUUUAUAUAGCGCUUACCUUAAAGCUCUAAGCGCUUUACAAAUUAAUUCAAGGGAGGUGGGGGGGGGGCAAUGCACAAUCCUGCCCUACCCAAAUGACGUUCCUAUUAAGAAGUAGAUGAGUUGGAAAAGUUGAGAAAUACUGAUGGAAUGCGUGAUAACUUUUUUUUCAUUAGAUAUAUUUCAAAUAUUUAACUUUAGGUUCUGGUGAUUCUGUAAUGCCAGACUAUUAAGUUGUUUUCAUCUAUGUGUACAUUUGGACCUUAUUUUAAGUUUUGAUGCAUGUGUUCAUUUAGACCUUAAUUUUAAGUUUUGAUGUACGUGUACAUUCAGACCUUAUUUUAAGUUUUGAUGUACGUGUAUUGUGUACAUUUAGACCUUAUUUUAAGAUAAGAUUUUUUUUCCUCCCAAUUUGACUCUAGUUUGACUUUGAGCUUAGCUUAAAGUUAAUUUGCUCCACCGGUGUUCUUUAUCUGGGCCACUUUGUACGCCCUCGGGUCCAAUGUCAGCCUCAAAUCUGAUUGGUCUGCACUAAUACAUCCGGGCACUGUUUUCAAUACCAUUAAGCCAGCUCCCUUAUUAACUGGACAGAGACACUCUUUAGGAUGGGGAAGAGGGGGAGGGGGCAUGGGGAGGCAUGCUAGGACAGGUCUUCCCAGUGCAGACAGUUAAGACAGCAUUUAUUCGACCUCUAAAGAAUAUACGGUAUCGAUACGUUUGUGAUUGGUCAGUUCUCUUGUCAGUCCCCCCUACCCCACACACACAACACAGAAAAAAGCUCCAUAUAUUUCCUCAUACAUACAAUAAUUUCACUGGCGAUAUAGAAUGAUUACUAUAAUUAUUUUUUUUAAAUUAUUUAUGGCGUGUAAAUUCCCCUGUAACAAUCAAGGAUUCAAUUCCAAAGUGUUCACAAAUGGAAUUGAAUUUCUCUGUCGACUGUGAUAGGAAAAUUACUCAUGGGACUCUCGUCUUUCGUUUCAGCUCUGCUUACUCAGGAUCGAUACCGCUUUGAACAACAGAGUCGAAUACCACUGCUCCAAUCCAACCGUAAGUAUAAAAUCAGGGUAUAGGUUUCGACUUAUAUCGACUAAUAAACCAGCAAAACAUCUCAACACAUGUAUGUUAUAGUAAACUGAUCGUAUCUUAGAUACCAAGAAACAAGGAAACCAUAUCUGACUGGACUUAACCUUAAUCUGUAUCGCCUCACACCCUCGGCUGCUCUUACACACACACACACACAAUCACCUCCACUCACACACACCCAUAUCUACAGUGACACACACCUCCACCGGAAACCUUGUUUCAACUCUAACGUUAGUUAUGACUCACACACUGUCUGCAAUACUGCUCUCUGCCCCCGUCUAAGGUUUGCGAGAGAUACGCCGCCUCACCCUGUGACCCGACCCACGGUCGCACGUGUUACUACUGCUGCACGGACGUGGACUCCUGCAAGGGUCAGCUGGAAUCCAUGUUCUUCGGUGAGUAGCUGGACACAUUAGCCCCCCCCCCCACCCCCCCCCACCCCAGUCUUCGUGGAUCAAGUUGUGCUUGGCGGCAGGCUACGCCUCUAACAUUGAAGCUGUUGCUCUCUACAUCCUCACAAAAUCAUGACACAGUAGUGCAUCGGUUCUCACCUUGUGGGUCGCGACACCUUUAAGGGUCGAAUUACCCUAUCACAUGGGUAGCCUAAGACCAUCGAAAAACACAUAUACUCUACAGUUUUUGAGUUGCAAUGAUAAUAAUUUUGUGGUGGUUGGGGGGGGGGGGUCCGCAAAAACAAGAGGAACUUCAUUACGGGGUCACGGAAUUAGGAAGGUUGAGAACCACUGCAGUGCUGACCAGUCGAACAUCACAGUAAAAAGCAAUGCCACGGUUUCCUGCCAAGUUUCCUUAGGGACUUUAAGGGUUGAAUUACCCCAUUACAUGGGGAGCCUAAGACCAUCGAAAAACACAUAUUCUCUACAGUUUUUGAGUUGCAAUGAUAAUAAUUUUGUGGUGGUUGGGGGGGGGGGUCCGCAAAAACAAGAGGAACUUCAUUACGGGGUCGCGGCAUUAGGAAGGUUGAGAACCACUGCAGUGCUGACCAGUCGAACAUCACAGUAAAAAGCAAUGCCACGGUUUACUACCAAGUUUCCUUAGGGAAGCGAAUGACUAGUUCAUAGGGCACACAUGGUUCAAAAAGGGGGAUUUGUUUCUUUAUGUAAAAAAAUUAAUAUAUUUAAAAAGGGGGUAGGUGGGGGAGGGGGGGACUUUGACAAAAUCAACGGAGAAUUGAAUAGAUUUAAUAACGUCCAUUAGUGGUUGAUAUGGGUUCGUACCCUAACGGAAAACUGAUUCAUACGUUUGUAUUUGGGACCACAAAAUACGAUUUUGAGCCGUACAAAUGCCAUCAUUAUUUGAGCCAGUCGUCAAGGUCGGGAUUGUUCCGUUGAUACUGCCAAUGUUACUUUAGCCAAUCUUCAAGGUCGGGAUUGUUCCGUUGAUACUGCCAAUGUUACUUUAGCCAGUCUUCAAGGUCGGGAUUGUUUCGUUGAUACUGCCAAUGUUACUUUAGCCAGUCUUCAAGGUCGGGAUUGUUCCGUUGAUACUGCCAAUGUUACUUUAGCCAGUCUUCAAGGUCGGGAUUGUUCCGUUGAUACUGCCAAUGUUACUUUAGCCAGUCUUCAAGGUCGGGAUUGUUCCGUUGAUACUGCCAAUGUUACUUUAGCCAGUCUUCAAGGUCGGGAUUGUUCCGUCAAUAAUGCCACUGUUAUUUUAGCCAGUCUUCAAGGUCGGGAUUGUUCCGUCAAUAAUGCCACUGUUAUUUUAGCCAAUCUUCAAGGUCGGGAUUGUUCCGUCAAUAAUGCCACUGUUAUUGUAGCCAGUCUUCAAGGUCGGGAUUGUUCCGUCAAUAAUGCCACUGUUAUUUUAGCCAGUCUUCAAGGUCGGGAUUGUUCCGUCAAUAAUGCCACUGUUAUUUUAGCCAAUCUUCAAGGUCGGGAUUGUUCCGUCAAUAAUGCCACUGUUAUUUUAGCGAGUCUUCAAGGUCGGGAUUGUUCCGUCCAUAAUGCCACUGUUAUUUGAGCCAGUCUUCAAGGUCGGGAUAUUUCCGUUCAUAAUGCCACUGUUAUUUGAGCCAGUCUUCAAGGUCGGGAUUGUUCCGUCGAUAAUGCCACUGUUAUUUGAGCCUUCUAUUUCUUUUUUUAAAGCGCUAACCCAUAUUUGUCUUAUUGACAGGUAUCCUGGCCAUGGGCUGAGCAUCAAAACUUGAGCUAAAGUCACGUGCCUGCCUGUACAUGCAUACAUUGGACGAGGGUGAAUAGAUUCAACAGAUGCAACUCAAUAAACGCGUUUAUACCAUCGGCUAUCUGGUAGAAAAUAAACCACUUCUUUGUUUAUUUAUUGUGCACACAAUUUAAAAAAAAAAAGAAUAAAAAAAAAAAAGUCUA